CCCAUACCUAUCCCUAUCCCUGUCUUCAAUUUUGGUCUUUGUUUAGACUUUUUCUUCGCUUUUGUUUUGAAUUUCUUUUCUGUUUCUGUUUCUGUUUCCGUUGCAGUCUCUGAUACGGUCCCUGAUUCUGUCCCCGACAUUGAUGUUGGUACUUGUGCAUAACUCCUCGGAUGAGACCGUGGUUGUGGUUGUGGAAGCGACUGUGGCUGUGGCUGUGGUUGUGUAUAAAAAUACGAUCCUCCGGGUUUACUCCCAUCCAGAUAAGGUGAUAGGGAGGGAUGAUACCAUUCUUCUUCUUCUUCUUCUUCUUCCUCCUCUUCUUCCCCCCGCUCCUCUUCUUUAACUCCGCCAUUUCCAGUACCACUUUCACCAGUACUCUGACCGGUCCUACCCCGUUGACCAAGAGUGUUACUUCUCCCUUGAUUCUCACAAGGCGGUCCCUUGAGGAAAUGGACCAAGUCGAGUAACUUUCUUUGAAGCGGCAUGGGACUUUCUUUUCCUCUAGUAGACUUGAUCUUGGUUUUCACAUCCUCAGUAUCAUUGAUACUCUUCAUAGUACUAGAGGAGAU